GGAGGCCGGAGGGCGCGGGGCGGUCCGGAGCAGCGGCAGCAGCAUGGCGGAGGCCCAGUCGGGUGGCGGUACGCCGCGGUACCGGGGCGCUUUCCACCCGGACACCUGGGAGCAGGAACUGGAGGCCAUCCCCAUGUUCAUGAAGCGAUGCCCGGCCGAGAUCGACGCGGCGCGGCAGCCCGAGCUGGCCUGUCUGCAGUCCCUCCUCUUCGACGAGGAGCAGGGCCCCGCAGAGCUGGCCAGGAUGUACAAAAACGAAGGGAACGAGUACUUCAGGGAGAAGGACUACAGGAGAGCUGUCACGGCCUACACCGAGGGGCUGAAAAAGCAGAGCGAGGACGCGGAGCUGAGCGCCGUGCUGCACACGAACCGGGGGGCAGCCCAGUUCUACCUGGGUAACUACCGUUCUGCUCUCAAUGAUGCCAUCCAAGCGAAGAAGCUGAAGCCCACCCAUCUCAAAGCAAUCAUAAGAGGAGCUCUCUGUCACAUGGAGCUAAAGAAUUUCUCUGAAGCAAUAGCAUGGUGUGAGGAGGGCUUGCGAAUAGAUUCAAAAGAGAAAAAGCUUGUGGAAAUGAGAGCUAAAGCUGACAAAUUAAAGCGAGCUGAGGAGCGGGAUGCAAGGAAAGCAAAGGUGAUGGAGAAGAAAGAGCAGCGUCAAAAGGAAAUUUUGCUUGCAGCAAUAAAGGAAAGAAAUAUCAAGCUGGUUCUUGAGCCUUCAAAUGAAGAGGAGGAAAUAUCAGAUGGCCUGGCCGAGAUAUCCUUAGAUGGGUUCCACUCUGACAAUGCUACGGGGGCAAAGGUGCACUUAGAUGCUGAUGGCAACCUCAACUGGCCUGUCCUCUUUCUGUACCCUGAGCAUGAGCAGACAGACUUCAUUGCGGCUUUUCAUGAGAACUCCAGGUUUAUUGAUCAUUUAAUGGUGAUGUUUGCUGAGUUACCUCCUUGGGAUUUAGAAAGAAAAUACCUUCCCAGCAAUCUUGAGCUCUAUUUUGAAGAUGAAGAAAGAGCAGAAAUGUAUGAGCUGAACCCAGAGCAGACAUUGCUACAAAUGCUGCAGCACCAAAGGUAUUUUGUAAAGGCUGGGACUCCCACAGUUUUGGCAUUUGUAAAGCGUUCUCCUUUCUCUAAGAAGUACUUCUCUGGCAAGAAGGUGCAUCGACUAUAAUGAGCAAGAAUGAAACACGAGGAAUCUUGUGCAAGAGGCUGGUGUUUGCUAUCCCAGCUACAGACUGCAAACUUCUGCUUGAACAACAAUACCUUACUUCAGGGGAAAAAUAGUCUUGGCACACAGGGAAACUUCCAGGAAAGCAGCAUAGGAGAAUGAAGAGCUUACAAGAGGGGAUUAUUUGUUUAAAAAGAAAUCCAGCUGGCUUGCAGAAGGUCUCCUGUAUGAUAGGCUGCAUGUGGUUUUGAAAUAAACCUGAAGCAGUGCCAAACACUGCCUGCAGUUUGAAGCAACAGCAGCUGGGAACGAAUGUACGUACCUAUGAAAAAUCACCGAUUUCCUUGGAGGUGGGCUGUCGUUGCUGGGGUUUAACAGAGUGGUCUGGGGAGAUAUGCGCCUGUUGCAGCGGGAUGGAUGCGCUCAGAUUCCUGCCUGGGAUUAAGCAGCUGCUGGUUUUUUCACCGCUUGGCUCUGCUCCUGACCAGGGUAAAGCAGAGCUCUUUGUUCAGAGCGGUGUGUUUUGCUGACCCUUUUGCUACCUUACUGAUUGUCCUAUAGAACCUGAAAAUAAACAUGUCUAUUUUAAGUAGACUGACUUCUGCCCAAUAAA